UUUGCACAGGUAGAACACUGAGGUAGAACACUGUAUCAGUUUGACCUGGCUACACCAGAGACAACAUUGAGAGAAAGCUUUCUGCUGCUGUUUUACACUGAUUCAUCGAUUCACUUGGUUUAAAUAUUGUGUGAUACUGUAAAUCCUGUAUUAGCUCAACUAUUAUUCCAGAGGAGUCUAUUUUUAACACCUUUGGACCAAACAGAAAGCCAUUUUUACUUGCUGAAGAUGGAGGUGAGAGGAGAGCGUAGGGGCUUCAUGGAAGCCGUAAGAUCCUUCUUUACCACCAUCAGAGACCGGAUUAGACAACGGAGAACACGGCAGAGAACUAAAAACUACCGGAUCUGUCAAAACUUGGCCAUGGCCAAGAUUGAGUCUAAGAAAGAAAGAAGACUGAAGAAACAAGUGAAAUCUGUGUUUAAGGCCAAGAUGAGCAAGAGGAGCCACUCAGCUAACAUUACAGCUGAAGUGGACAGCACUAAGAGCAGGAUCCAGGAGAAAGAUGGAGCUCCUAGAGAUCUCCAGGAGAGAAUGCGAUCUGCUCUGCAGGCUUUUCGAGAGGGGCGCAAGCCACGCUGGGUGAGAGGCUGGAGAAAAAACAAGAUGGAACCCCUAAACAUGGAGGAGAUUCAAGUUGGAGAGGGUAUCCAGAUUCAGGCCAGAGAGAAUCUCCCUGACACUCAGGACAAAGUGGAAUUACAUGAGACUCAAGCCGGAGAGGAUCUCCAUGAGUCUCAGGCUGGAGAGGAUCUCCAUGAGAUUCAGAUGGGAGAGGAUCUCCAUGACACUGAGGUGGUAGAGGAUCUCCAGACUCAGGCCAGGGUGGAUAUUCAUCAGACUCAAUUGGGAGGGGAUCUCCAUGAGACUGACAGGGGAGAGGAUCUCCAGACCCAGGUCCACACUCAGGCCAGGGAGGAUCUUCAUGAGACUCACGCUGCAGAGCAUCUUCAGCCUGCUGAACCAGCAAGCUGGGCUGUGACCUAUGGCCAGAUGUGGCAAGUAAUGACACAGCAAGGCGACUCUGUCAACUGCAGAGAGGACCUCCAUGCCAGUCAGGCCAGAGAGGAUAUUCAACCUGCUGAACCUGCAAGCUGGGUUAUGACCUAUGGCCAGAUGUGGCACGGACUGGCCCAGCAAGAUGGCCCUGUCAACUGCAGAGGAGAUCUCCAUGCUACUCAGGAUCUCCAGUCUGCUGAACCAGCAAGCUGGGUUGUGACCUAUGGCCAGAUGUGGCAUGUAAUGGCCCAACAAGAUGGUCCUGUUCUCUGCAGUGAGAAUCUCACUGUCACUGAGGACACCGAUGAUCUCCAUGAGACUCAAGCCGGAGAGGAUCUACGUGAGACUCAGGCCAGGGAGGAUCUCUAUGAUACUCAAGCAGGAGAGGAUCUCUGUGAGACUCAGGCCGGGGAGAAUCUCCAUGAUACUCAAGCCGGAGAGGAUCUCUUUGAGACUCAGGGUGGAGAGGAUCUCCAUCAGACUCAGUUUGGAGGGGAUCUCCAUGAGACUGAUGGGAGAGAGGAUCUCCAGACUCUGGUUAGGGAGGAUGUCCACACUCAGGCUCUGGAAGAUAUCCAUGAGACUCAGGUCGGAGAUGAUCUCUGUGAGACUCAGGCUGGGGAGGAUCUCCAUGAGACUCAGGGUGGAGAGGAUCUCCAUGAGACUGAUGGGGGAGAGGAUCUCCAGACUCUGGCUGGGGAGGAUGUCCACACUCAGCCUCUGGAGGAUCUCUGUGAGACUCAGGUCGAAGAUGAUCUUCAUGAAACUCGGUGCGGAGAGGAUCUCUGUGGGACUCAAGGAGGAGAGGAUCUCCAUGAGACUCAAGCUGGGGAGGAUCUCCAUGAGACUCAAGCUGGAGAGGAUCUCUGUGAGACUCAGGGUGGAGAGGAUCUCCAUGAGACUGAUGGAGGAGAGGAUCUCCAGACUCUGGCUGGGGAGGAUGUCCACACUGAGGCUCUGGAGGAUCUCCAUGGGACUCAGCCGGGAGAGGAUUUUCAGCUGGCUGAACCAGCAAGCUGGGCUGUGACCUAUGGCCAGAUGUGGCAAGUAAUGACCCUCCAAGGCGACUCUGUCAACUGCAGAGAGGACAUCCAUGCCACUCAGGCCAGAGAGGAUAUUCAGCCUGCUGAACCAGCAAGCUGGGUUGUGACCUAUGGCCAGAUCUAUCAAAACAUGAACCAUGAGGAUGGCCCUUCCCUCUGCAGAAAGCCCAUUAUGAACUCGUGGCUGGGCUCUGUGAAUGUGGAGGAUUGGGUGGAGCGAGAGGUGCAGGACAUCAGUCCAUCCAAGCACAUGGACACUUUCUAAAGCGUCCUGCACAAUGUUUCCCAAAAGACCUGGGAGAAGACCUGCCCAUCUUUAUGUGACUCUAUUCUACAUCAUUGAGACUACAGCUACUAUCAUUCAACAGUUCAGCUGCCCUUCAACCGAGACACAUUGUUGUUCUAUCCAUUAUUAAUAAUAAAUUGUUUCUUGAUUACCGUAUUAUAUUGACAUGACAUUAAUAUUCUACAUGAAAUAACAUUUUACAUACCUUACUGGAUGAAACUGCCUUUACAUGUGUGAUGAGG